ACAGUAACUGAUACGAGGAACAAAUCGAUGUGUGAAGGUGAGGAAGGUGUUCAGUUACAGGAACUUCCUUAUUCCGCCUCUUUCCAGUCACCUAUUGGACCAUAGAGGGGCAGAAGAGUCUCCCGAACCGAACCGAACCGAACCGGGUCAGCCUCCUCAACAUCUCAGUGUUGCUCCACCGGCGAAGAAGGACCUUUUAACUUCAGUCUCUUUUUAUCCCGGCGAUGCGCGGCGUGUUCAAACCGUACAAACUGUAUCUUAGCAACGCAACGCCGUCGCGCGCGAGUUAAAGUCUUUUUCGUAAUUUUCCGGAAAUGGGAGAGGAUUUUGAUUCGAGGGUUUCGGCGGGGAAGCGAGCGCUACAGUAAACUGUCUGUGUACCACGGUGCGGAUGUGUGAAGUUACGUGGCUUGCAGGCGGCGCCACGUGGAGGGAAAAGACAGGGCUCGCGAGCAGCACGCGAGGGCCACGUGAAGUGCGCGCACGCGGAGAUCGCGUGCAGAUGGAGGAGACCCUUCGCGCGCGUUCCCGCUGACCCCCCGCGGAGUGGAAAGGCGCGCGCACGGCGAGCCCACCUGAGAGAGAGAGAGAGAGAGAGAGAGAGAGAGAGCAGGGGAAAAAGUUUGUUCAAGGGAGGAGAAGCCAGGAAUUAAAGCGGAUGUAAGGAAGAGGAAGAGCAGUGACUCUGUCUGUGUCUGUAACUCUGUGACUCUGUGACUCCGCGAUGAUGAGCUCCGCGCACCGACUCGAGCCGCUCGGGGCGCGCUGAGCGCACGCCGGUGACGUGACGGCUCGGGAGGGGCUCAUGUGGGACCCCCGCGGGGGACGGUGACUGUCCACAUCUGGCCGCCAACAACAGCCCAGCACCAGCACGUGAUCAUGGACACGGACAAGGAGAAGGAGAAGGAGAAGAUGCAGGAGGCCCCCGUGUACGACUAUCCGGACCCCCAUCCCUUGGCGGAGAAGCGCGUUUGCCCGCAGCGGGGGUCUCUGAAGAGUAUCAGCGUGCUGGAUCGCCUGCUGCUCACGCACCCCGUGUGGCUGCAGCUGUCAAUCAACGCCGCCACAGCCCUGCACAUCUUGCAACGCGAGCCCCCGGGGACGUUCCUGGUGCGCAAGUCGACCACGUCUCAGAAGAAGGUGCUGUGCGUGAGGCUGGAGGACGACAGCGUGCCCUCCUUCGUGAAGCAGGUCAUGAUCCGCGAGGAGGGCUCCAGUAAGUGCGUCGCUUCCUCACAGUUUGCGCUCCUCUUUUCCCGCGCGUUCGAGCCUCGUCUCACUGGCCCUCGUCCCUUGACAGCUUUCUCUCUCGAGAGCUCAGCCAUCGGCUUCCCGGACCUGUGCAGACUGAUCGCCUUCUACUGCGUGAGCAGGGACGUCCUGCCCUUCACCUUGGAGCUCCCCGAAGCCAUCGCCAAGGCUGCGUCUCACAAGCAGCUCGAGUCCAUCUCGCACAUGGGCGUGGAGUUCUGGAGCUCUCAGCUCAACUACCGAGGGCCUCGCGACGGCCCCCCGCCGGCGCCGACCCUGACGGCGGAGGAGUGCGUCACGCCCGAGGAGAACCCCACCCUCCUCCAGGAGUUCUGCCCCAUCCGCACGCGGAGCCCGCUGGAGCUGGACUGCGGGUCCGGCAGGGGGGCCCUGUGCUUCGUGAACCCCCUGUUCCUGCAGGAGCAGCCGGGCCGCGGGGCGCCGCACAGACGCCUCCAGUUCAAGCGUAGCAUCAAAGUGCGGGUCUCCACAGAGACCUCCAGCCAGCUGUCCCCGCCGUCCACCGCGCCCCCGCCCCCUCCGCUGCUGGCCAAGGGCGCUCGCCGCGCGGCCGCCGGCGGGCGGGGGCGACGCGAGGACCCGGCCCCCGUCCGGGAGGCGUCCCGCUACCUGGAGCCCAGCUUGCCUGAGCGGGAGAGGCCUGGAGCGGCGGGAGCGGUCGGCAAGAAGGGGCUCUCUCCCACUCAAGAGGAAGACGAGUACCAGAUGCCCAAGGUUCUCCAGAAGUGCUGGGAGGAGCGCAAUGCCGGGGGUGAGGCGGACGACGACGACGACGAGGCGGCGCUACCCCUGGAGCGGAGGCGCGCCCCCUCUCUGACGGAGCUGGACAGCAGCAGUUCCCUGAGCAGCCUGGAGGAGUCGGAGGAGAGCCCGGAGCGACCGGCCCUGAUGCGCGGCACCAGCACCCCCGCGGCACCCGUCCCCCCACCCCAGCCCGUGUCCACCCUGCGCAAGAUGAGCGCUAUCUUUAUGUCCUUCUUUGCCCCAGGGAAGCGCGUGGCGCGCCUCGUGGAGGAGUUGUCGCGGGACCGGCGCUCGGCCUUCGGCGCUCUGGUGCAAGACUUCCUGCGGCAGCAGCGGGAGGAGGUGGGAAAAAGCGCCUCGGCCGUCUCGCUGCUCCAAGGCUUGCGUCUCUUCCUCUCCCAGGCCAAAGACUUCCUGCUGGACUGCCGGGAGCUGGAGCCCCCCAUCGAGACCCUGGUGCCGGAAAAUGAGAAAGACUUGGCCCUGGAAAAAGCCCUGUUCCGCUGCGUGCUGAAGCCCCUGAAAGGCCGUCUGGACUCGGCGCUGCGCCUGCUGCACGAGCGCGACGGCUCCUUGAGACUGCUGGCCGACGGCCUGCGUGCCACGAGGGACGGACCGCUGGAGCGCUUUGGCGUGCGCGUGGCUGUGCUGGAUGCCGGGGGUGUGGAGCGGAUCCGCCAGAAGCUGGCGCUGAUGCAGCGCGCCUACUCCCCGGUGGACAAGGUGGUGCUCCUGCUGCAGGUCUGCAAGGCUGUUUACCAGGCCAUGAGGGGCGACGCUGCUCAACAGUUCGGAGCAGAUGAGUUCCUCCCAGCUCUGUCCUACGUUCUGGUGCAGUGCAACAUGCCAGAGCUCCUCCUGGAGGUGGAGUACAUGAUGGAGCUCUUGGACCCCUCAUGGCUCACCGGGGAGGGUGGUUACUAUCUGACCAGCGUCUACGCCAGCCUGUGUCUGAUCCAGAGUCAGCCGGAAGCCGUCCCCCCCGGUGGCGUGACUCGGAAGGCCCGCGAGUCUCUGACGGAGUGGAGUCGUCGCCGCAGCAAAGACGCACAGCAGCAGAAGGACAACCAAAAGCAGCAGACAUUCGUGCGGGUGCUGUUCCAGGACGGUGACUGCAGCUCUGUGAAGACCCUGCGGUGCAAAGUGGACGACAGCGGCGAGGCUCUUGCCGGGCUCUGCGCCGCCUCUUUCGGCGUCGCUCAACCCGAGAACUACGCCCUCUACUGGCGUGCCGGCGAAGGGGCGCAACCUCUUCCUGCCCACGUGCGGAUCCAGGACCUGCGGAACCAGAGCGGAGGCGCCCCGUCCCUCGCCUACCAGCCCUGCGAUGAGGACGCCGGCAAGAUGCGCAGGCUUACCCGAGGUGGCGCCGUGGACCUGGCAGAGUCCAACUGAUCGCCUCUCCGUGGCCGUCGCACGUCCGGGACAGAGCGGCGCUUUCAGCGACACCGUUUUAGAGCUGCUUUUCAGGCCAUGCCAGCGUUCCGUGGACUGCUUCGUGUGAAACGUGAGGGUGCGGCAUCUAGCGCGGCAUUCGUCGGGCGUCCCGCAAGGAGUGCAACUCUGCUCAGCGCCGCCGUUUCCGCUCCAUGUGCGCUUGGGGUGGCUGUCAGUACCUGAGCGCGCCGGGGUGGGCUGCUCUUACUGGGGGACGAUUUUCCAGCAUGCGGUGCAUCGAUGGAUUGAGCGGCGCCGCUCACCGCCCUCCUGCGUGUCGCACAAUAUGACGCGGCCGUGUGCCAUCGCGCCGUUCCGAGAGCACCCCCCCACUGACACUUUAAAAAUUGGCCUCGCGGGCAAGGAUUGAGCUGCAUGCUUCUCCUCAUCUUCACACGGCAUUUAUUUAUAUAUUUAUUUAUUUAUUUAGCCAAAAGCGUUCGGCUGCCUGUUGUCUUUGCGUUGCCUAGUGAGGGACAGCCGGUCGUGUCGUGAUUGGAGCUGCUGCUACGACCCAAAGGUCACAGGUUCAUACCCCCACCCCCCAGCUGUAGUAGC